AUGGGAAGCAGUUGGUUUUGUAGACUUUUAACUUUGAUUGUUUUUGCUCCGUUCAUAAGAGGCGUAAUUUGGAAUCCAGACAACGAUGCAGAACAUGCUAAAACAAGUCCUGCUGAGCUUGGUCUUGAUGCAGAUGGUACCUGGAUUAGACAGUCAGAAAGUUCAGGUGCCGGUAGUGGCGAAUUUGUUUUGGGGGGAGAUACGUCAUUAUAUGAUGGGGAAGAAAACUUAUUCAUAGAGAAGUUUAUACAAGAACGUUGGAAUGUAAGCAUCAACGUGACAAAGCUUAUGGAGGAGUACUCUCUCAUAUGUCCUCUGAGAGAUACCUGUGGCGUGCAUUUAACUAAGGAUCUGGUGUACUCUGGAGAGCCGGAUGAUGCAUUUUCAGCAUUUGUUCCCGCAUACUCCUCGAACUGUAAAGGAGCAGAGUACAAUGCAAUAAAAUCUGCCUCUUUGGAAGGAAUUGGAUAUGAAAGAAAAGAGUCAUCAGUUGAUGUUGUUUACGAAUCAAUAGCAGUGAGCGAAAAAGAAUACCCUUUCUCUAAAAGGAAAGUCUUUGAACAUUGCAAUGAAACUGGACUGUGGCUUUCAGGCGAUGUAAUAACAAAGGAAAUCUGUGAAAGUGUUUCAGUAGAGACAAUGUUUCUCUCAGAGUACAGAGUUGACAAGAAAGUUUACAAGAAUUUUGCAUGCUUUCUCUGUAACCCUGAUCAACUCUCCGGUGAGAAUGAUACACAGCUGGUAUCAGAAUGCAAAGGAAACAAUACGGCCAACCAGACUGAGCAAAGAAAGCUAAAGGACUUGUGUCAUAGUUCAAGUUUACAGCCACGAUGGCGCCCAUACAAAAACAUGUAUUGUGCUGAAUGCAACCUUCCAAAAUGGAUAAAAAGAGUAUGUCGGGAACUUUAUUGCGCAGGAGGAAUGAUUCUUCGUAACAGCACUUGCAGAUACUUCAUGAAGUCCGCAUGGAACCAACAGUACAAUUUAAAGAUAGACUUGCACCCAUUGGAAGCAAACAAAAAUCGGACAGGAAAAGACAACACAUCCAUUACAAUAAAUUUAGGAAACCUGUGUGAAAACAUUGGAAAUCAAGUGAUAAAUAUUUUCAAUGUUGCAACAACUGAUAUUUUUAUUUCUAGUGCUUUUUGUGAAUCAUUAGACUCAUGUCUUGAGGAUGAAACAGAUACAGUUACAGUCACUUUUUCUGGUCGAGAAGAACUCUUUGUUGAUCUUUGGAUAACUGUGAAUUAUGCGGAAGAUAUAAUGUCUGUCCGUGAAGCACUCAUUCAAGCUCUUACUGCUACUUACCACACAGAAGACAUCAGCACAGAAAAUGGAGAAUUAAUUGUCCUACGGGCAACACAUUCCUUCAAGGAAAUUGGUGUAUCUUUACAUUCUUGCAAAAUAUUCAUAACCAGACAUCAGGAUUUCAUAGCGAGGCGUAAGUUUAAAGUUGAUAAUUUUCUUACCUGUCCAUUUGUGAAAUUCGAUCGUAAUGGUGUUUUGAUUGAUGCACAGACUUUAGAAGUUCAUGUAAAAAGUCUCAACGUUUCAUUUGGUCGUUCAAAGUAUAAAGAAAUAAAAGGAAUAGGUGUUGCCGUGUGUGCAACCGAUUUUAGACAGAUGUUACACGAAGAAUCAGCUUCCUCAGCAGUGACACCACCGCACCCAUUAGAAAACGUAUUAAAUUUGUUUACUUUAAUAUGCACGAUAAUCUCUCUGAUAUGUUUGUGUUUAACCUUUAUUACAUAUAGUCUAUUUCCAGAUUUACGUACUGUUCCAGGAAAGACAAAUAUGAUACUUUGUGUUUUCCUAACGAUGGCUCAGUCACUAUUGCAGUUCGGUCUCAGUAUCAAGUCACACCUUGUGUGCAUUGCUGUCGGUAUCGGUAAUCAUUUCUUCUGGGUGGGAACGUUUUGUGUCAUGAAUGUGUCUUCUUUUCAUAUGUUCAAAAUAUUCUAUAUAGGCCAACUAUCUCAAACGCGCACCAGCAAGAAUUUGUUUGUCAAAUAUUUCUUGUACAUUAUUGCAAUACCGGGCGCUUUUGUCUCGGUCGUUGUUGCUAAAACUUUGACAGAAUCUAAAGGAACAGACAUUGGCUAUAGCAAACAUCACUGCUUUAUUUCUGACUUCAACAUUUUCCUUUGUACAUUUGUUGCUCCUGCAGGUCUGAUAUUUAUCUCUAAUAUUGUAUUUUUCGCUCUAGUAUUUUACAGAAUCCACUCCUCGCCUAGGGUUCAGAGCACAAGGAAUCGACAUGACUUCUUCCUGUACAUCAAACUGUGUACUCUAGUUGGGAUAACAUGGCCACUCCUUAUAUUGGACAACGUCAUCGGAAUUUCUUGGUUUUCAUUUGUUGUUUCCGGACUGAAUGCUCUACAGGGUGUUUUCAUAUUUUAUUCAUAUAUUAUCAAUAAAAGGGUUGCUGCAAUGUUCAUAUCUCUGGUCUCUGUCCCGACUACAGAACAGGGGACAAGACAAACUGAGCUAAGCAGCACACGCGAGACAAAAUUUUAAAUGCAUG